CGCCGCCUGGCUGCGGACGGGCGUCACUCGGGUCCGGGCAGGCGGUGCUGCCGGGCGAGGAGGCGCGAGGGUGAUCAGUUCGAGUCCCGCCGCCGGAAUUUUCCAAGAAAAAUUAUUAAUAAUUAUUUCUAACCGAGGCCCUUUUAGGGGGGAUUUUGGGGGCUUUUCUUGGUUUUUUUUUGCACCGCCGCUUUUGCAGCCCACUUGUGGAAGUUCUCCCUGCUCUGUCUCCCCUGGCCAGCCACCAUGCCGGUCUUCCACACCCGCACGAUCGAGAGUAUCCUGGAGCCGGUGGCGCAGCAGAUCUCCCACCUGGUCAUCAUGCACGAGGAGGGCGAAGUGGACGGCAAGGCCAUUCCGGACCUCACCGCCCCCGUGGCCGCCGUGCAAGCCGCCGUCAGCAACCUGGUCCGGGUUGGAAAAGAGACUGUUCAGACAACUGAAGAUCAGAUUUUGAAGAGAGACAUGCCGCCCGCUUUCAUCAAGGUGGAGAAUGCUUGCACGAAACUUGUCCAGGCAGCCCAGAUGCUCCAGACCGACCCGUAUUCCGUACCUGCUCGCGAUUAUCUCAUUGACGGCUCAAGGGGCAUCCUUUCCGGGACCUCAGACCUGUUGCUGACGUUUGAUGAGGCAGAGGUCCGCAAAAUCAUCCGUGUCUGCAAAGGAAUUCUAGAAUACCUCACUGUGGCCGAAGUGGUAGAGACGAUGGAGGACUUGGUGACCUACACAAAGAACUUGGGGCCAGGGAUGACCAAGAUGGCCAAGAUGAUUGACGAGCGUCAGCAAGAGCUAACUCACCAGGAGCACAGAGUCAUGUUGGUGAACUCCAUGAACACAGUGAAGGAAUUGCUGCCAGUCCUCAUUUCAGCUAUGAAGAUUUUUGUAACGACCAAAAAUUCCAAAAGCCAAGGAAUAGAAGAGGCCUUGAAAAACCGCAACUUCACUGUGGAGAAGAUGAGUGCCGAAAUAAACGAAAUAAUCCGCGUGUUGCAGCUCACAUCCUGGGAUGAAGAUGCUUGGGCCAGCAAGGACACUGAAGCCAUGAAGAGGGCGUUGGCCUUAAUCGAUUCCAAGAUGAAUCAGGCCAAAGGCUGGCUCAGAGACCCCAGUGCUCCUGCAGGUGACUCCGGCGAACAGGCCAUUAGGCAGAUCCUGGAUGAAGCCGGGAAAGUUGGAGAGCUUUGUGCGGGCAAAGAACGUAGAGAGAUUCUGGGGACCUGUAAGAUGCUUGGCCAGUUGACCGACCAAGUGGCAGACCUUCGAGCUAGAGGACAAGGUGCUACCCCGCUAGCCAUGCAGAAGGCACACCAGGUGUCCCAAGGUCUGGAUUUACUGACCGCAAAAGUGGAAAAUGCGGCUCGCAAGUUGGAAGCGAUGACCAAUUCUAAACAGGCCAUUGCAAAGAAAAUAGAUGCAGCUCAGAGCUGGCUAGCUGAUCCUCACGGGGGCAGUGAAGGAGAGGAACAUAUUCGAGGAAUUAUGGCUGAAGCCCGGAAAAUCGCAGAGCUCUGUGAAGAUCCCAAGGAGAGAGAUGAUAUUCUGCGGUCCCUGGGAGAAAUCUCUGCUCUGACCGCUAAGUUGUCAGACCUCCGGAAACAUGGAAAGGGGGACUCUCCAGAAGCCCGGGCCUUAGCUAAGCAGAUCGCUACCUCGCUCCAGAAUCUGCAGUCGAAAACCAACCGGGCGGUUGCAAACAGCAGGCCAGUCAAAGCCGCUGUCCACUUGGAAGGCAAGAUCGAGCAAGCUCAGAGAUGGAUAGACAAUCCCACAAUCGACGACCGUGGAGUCGGCCAGGCUGCUAUCCGGGGGCUCGUGGCUGAAGGUCGCCGUCUCGCCAACGUCAUGAUGGGCCCUUACCGUCAAGACCUGCUGGCCAGAUGUGAUUGUGUGGAACAGCUGGCUGCCCAGCUGGCUGAUCUGGCUGCCAGAGGGGAAGGGGAGUCUCCUCAAGCAAGGACCCUCGCUGCGCAACUGCAGGACUCCUUGAAGGAUCUGAAAUCAAGGAUGCAGGAAGCCAUGACCCAGGAAGUGUCCGACGUCUUCAGCGACACCACCACUCCCAUCAAACUGCUGGCCGUGGCAGCCACUGCUCCUCCGGAUGCACCAAACAGGGAUGAGGUGUUCGAUGAAAGAGCAGCCAACUUUGAGAAUCAUGCCGCUCGGCUUGGUGCCACCGCAGAAAAAGCCGCCGCGGUUGGAACAGCAAACAAAAGUGCCGUGGAAGGCAUACAAGCCACUGUGAAGUCAGCGAGGGAACUCACGCCUCAGGUUGUAUCUGCUGCUCGGAUUCUCCUACGAAACCCGGGGAAUCAAGCCGCUUAUGAACACUUUGAGACUAUGAAGAACCAGUGGAUUGACAAUGUAGAGAAAAUGACAGGACUGGUGGAUGAAGCCAUUGAUACCAAGUCACUGUUGGAUGCCUCGGAAGAAGCCAUUAAGAAAGAUCUGGAUAAAUGCAAGGUUGCCAUGGCCAACAUUCAGCCUCAGAUGCUUGUAGCUGGAGCCACCAGCAUUGCCCGGCGAGCCAACCGGAUUUUGUUAGUGGCCAAGAAGGAGGUGGAAAACUCAGAGGACCCCAAGUUCCGGGAAGCUGUUAAGGCCGCCUCUGAUGACCUGAGCAAAACCAUUUCGCCGAUGGUGCUGGAUGCUAAGGCUGUGGCUGGCAACAUUUCGGAUCCUGGUUUGCAGAAGAACUUCCUGGAUUCUGGGUAUCGGAUCUUGGGAGCCGUGGCCAAAGUCCGAGAAGCUUUUCAACCCCAGGAGCCGGACUUCCCCCCACCUCCUCCUGACCUCGAGCAGCUUCACCUCACUGAUGAACUCGCUCCUCCAAAGCCCCCCUUGCCAGAGGGGGAGGUUCCUCCUCCCCGACCCCCUCCCCCGGAAGAGAAGGAUGAGGAGUUCCCGGAGCAGAAGGCGGGUGAGGUGCUGAACCAGCCCAUGAUGAUUGCGGCCAGGCAGCUUCACGACGAAGCCAGGAAGUGGUCUAGCAAGCCUGAAGUGACUGAGGAGGUUAAGGAGGCCCCUGAGGCUGGUGUAGAUGUAGAUCAGGAGGAGGAGGAGGAAGCGGAUGUUGAAUUCACUCUCCCCUCUGACAUUGAAGACGAUUACGAGCCUGAGUUGCUGUUAAUGCCAACCAACCAGCCCGUUAACCAACCCAUUCUGGCUGCUGCUCAGUCUCUGCACCGGGAAGCCACCAAGUGGUCUAGUAAGGGUAAUGACAUCAUCGCCGCCGCCAAGCGGAUGGCCCUGCUGAUGGCCGAGAUGUCCCGCCUGGUGAGGGGCGGCAGCGGGAACAAGCGGGCCCUGAUUCAUUGCGCCAAGGACAUUGCGAAGGCUUCGGACGAGGUGACCCGGCUGGCCAAGGAGGUGGCGAAGCAGUGCACGGACAAGCGCAUCAGAACCAACCUUUUGCAGGUCUGCGAACGCAUCCCGACUAUCAGCACCCAGCUCAAAAUCCUUUCCACCGUUAAAGCGACUAUGUUGGGUCGGACUAAUAUCAGUGACGAAGAGUCUGAACAGGCGACUGAGAUGUUGGUUCACAAUGCCCAAAACCUGAUGCAGUCGGUCAAGGAAACCGUCCGAGAAGCUGAGGCGGCUUCUAUUAAGAUCAGAACAGAUGCCGGGUUCACUCUACGCUGGGUCAGGAAAACUCCUUGGUACCAGUAGAGAGCUGGCUGCCUUCUCGCCUCUCCCACAAUGUUGUCUUUUAUAAAAUCCCUUUCGAAGCAGAAGAGAAUUUUGUAAUCGGCGAAAAGGUGCUGCAAAGUUUGAAUGCUCGCCUUCUGGAGCCCUUGCGGAGGGGCCUUAACUCCAUGCGGAGCUCCCUUUUGUAUCUACCCUCACCAUAAUAUUUUGUCUCUAAAAGGACGACUACUUUUUUUUUCUCUUGCUUUUCUGAGGGCUUUCAAAAUCUUGCGUUUAUGAACUCUAAUCUCGGAAUCACGUUUCUCCUCUUCCACCCCCUCACCCCCCCAAUUUAUGUACUCUCUAUGCUAAUGUUUUCUAUGCGAGGCAAUAGAUGCAGCAUGGAUUGACAUUCUGGAACACUCUCUGUGUGCUUAGCUCUUUAUUGUGCAGGACAAUCGGAAGACACGAGAAUGGGGCACUUCGCUGUUUUCUGUUCCCCUGUCUAACUCCUUCUGAGUUGGUGUAACGCUAAGUUAAUCUUCUCCAAAAAGCUUUACCCCACUAUGCAGGAAACGAUUGUUGGCUGAAAAGCUGCUGCUGCUGCUGCUAUUAUUAUGGGAUGGGUGGGGAGGGGGGCUGGUAGAGAUCCAAAGCCAUCAAAAAUUGGGAUAAUGUUGCCAUAGUGACCAACAACUGGUAGAGCACCUUGUGUGAGAGAAUUGCUCGUUUCUGAGGCAGAACACAACCCUGACCCCAAUUCUUAACUUCACGAGCCGGAAUGUUUCCGCCUUUCCCCACCCGCCAGGCGAUUGAUUCCUUGCCUUCUCUUUGCUUCUGAGGCCAGGAGGAAGAGAGAGUGGUCUUCAGUUUCAGGGAAUUUUGCCACCCUGUUUAUUUAAUUCUGGUAGUAGAGAAGUUUUGGACUGUGUAUUCGGAUCUGUGUAUUCGGAUCUGUGUAUUUGGACUGUGUAUUGAAGGUACAGGAGAAGGCAUCUUUGCGUGGGCUUUCAGAUGUCACUCUUCACACAGCUUCAGGCUGUCUGCACUUUGUAGGGCGCUCCUGAACGCAGGGCCCGUAAACAUGAUGCUUUUGAACUGCAGCAAAUAGCAAAUGGAACGGUUUCUUUCAGUUGUGUUCAGGAUGCUGAUUACUCAGAAGAAUGUUUGGGGCUGAGGCAGCACGUCCGUACUAUAGCAUGCUUAAGGACAGAUGGGUGACUGGUUGCCAUUUGCAUAGAGUGAUUAAUUCGGGGGUCUCUGCCAUGGGGGUCUCCCCUCCUACAUGGACACUUAACAUUAAAAGCACAUUUGUUAAAAGAGGGAGAUAACCAGUGGUGGGACUCAUCAGGUUUGCACCACUUCGGCAGAACUGGUUGUUAAAAUGGUGCUUGUAAACAACCCGUUGUUAAACGGUUUGAAUCCCACCACUGGAGAGAACUUCAAAUCACGUUAAGUGACUUGCACAGAAGAAGCAUUAUGCGCUGAUGCCACAGCACGCGCUGCAAUCAAUACCCUGUCAAACAACUUCUGCUCAGUUGAUGGUUAGAAAUAAGUCACGUGAGCGAGUUUAGUGCCCACGAGCUUCACAGCAGGGCUAGAGAGCUGCAGGUUGACUUGGUUCAGAUCCCCUGGAUCAUUAGGGUUUGCCCUUCCCUGGCACGUGCAGCUUAAAAGGGUAUAGAAAUUACUUUCUCGUAACCUCUCCUACACUGUAGGGGUAGAAGGUGCUCGCUUCUCUCUCUCUCUUUCCCCUCCUCAGCCUCCUCGACUGCUUGUGCCUAGAGAUUGCCAAUUGCACGGUACUCAGAAUCUUAAUUUUGCCUCUGGCAAUAAUUAGCCACGACCGGCAUCGAAAGGGAACGUCUUGGCUUGACCUCUCUGUGGAGAGGAGGGUGGAGGCGGCGACGUUCCGGAAGGGCUCUUCCCGGCUUCCUGUUCAGCCUUUCCUCAUGAGCUUUGUAAUAACCCUUUUAAUUGCUUGACUUUGUAUUAAUGCAAUAUUACUAAUGCCUAUAAAUUACAUCGAUGGUUGAUGCCAAAGAUUGCUUUUUUGUUGUUGUUGAGGAAUGUUUUGAGGGAAAACUGAAUCAUGUUUGCCUUGGAUAUUUCUUCAGAAAUGUGUGCUAAACUCAACAAUCUUUUACAGAAGGUAAUAUCCUUUACACCUUAUGCAAUGCCAGCUUUCCUGAACACUUGUGUUCAUCAGACCUAAGAUGAAACAAACUUGAAUGUCUGGGAGGAAUGUUUUUGCCACUAAAUACCUUUGUUUAUAAACAAGAAAUUUUGUUGUAUAUGCUAAUAUUUUCAAUCUUUGUUCUGUUCAAACAAAAUAAACAUGCAUUUGUAUAAAA